UCUUUUCCAGCCAGAAGUGGGAGCUGAGCAAAUGAAUACAUUUGUUGGAAUGUUUAUGGUCUAGCGGAGGUUACCUUUCUGUCCUACGGUGGAAUGAAUUUUCAGGGCUAGAGGAAAUUUUGCAUUUAGAAAGGCAAUAGCGUAAAAGCUGUUGAACCCUACUUUUCUACUACCAUGGACUGAAACCAUUUCCUUGGUCCCUCUCUUCCCCGGCAGGACUCAGUGUGAUCAAAGUAAAACAAUGAAAAUCCUCAACUGAAAUUUGCCAGGCAAGGAGUUUAACUCCAAAAUUCUACCUUUUGUUUUUUAAACCAGAUGAAUAUGUGAUCCCUCUGGAUCCCCGAUGGAAUAUGCAGGCUUUGGACAUCAUUAGAAAUUCGAUGGACUUUGACCCACAAAUGGGCCAGCCCGAGCAGCUCUUUGCCCUUUUAGAGUCUGUUGCAAACAAGACAAUCAUAUAUCUUGAUCGGGAAAAACGGAUUUUUACUGAAGCAAAUUUGGUUUCUGUUGGUGGCAAAAAGUUAAGAAAUAGUGUUUUGAGAAUGUCCUUUGAAUUCCAUAAAGAUCCAGAGAGCUAUCACAGCCUGCCCCAUGAAAUCGUGGUCAAUCUUGCUGCUUUUUUUGAACUUUGUGAUGCGCUAAUCCUGCUCUGGGUACAGUCCUCCCAGGGGAUGGUGUCUGAUGCCAUUGUUAAUGAGAUCUUGGGUUCUGUGCGGUGGCGGGACCGGUUCUGGACCGUGGCCGAUACCGUAAAAGUGGAUGCACCAGGCCUGGCCUUGCUUGCCCUUCACUGGCACUGGGUUUUAAAACAUUUGGUUCGUCAGAUUCCCCAACUCCUGAUGAACCACGAAGACAAGACAAGCUGGUGGUGGAGUGUUUUUCACAAUUGAAGGUCUUUAACAAAGCCCUUGCCAUCAGAG